AGCUAUGAACUAUUUUUUGUGUACGAAAGUUUUUGCUAGUGUUUUUUCUAAGUGUAGCUUAAUGAGUGUGCGUUAGAUUAAUGGCUUUUCCAAUUAAAAUAAAAAUAGUUAGUGUUGCUUAAUUAAAUAUAUAUAAUAUACAAUAUAGUAUAUAUACCACAUAUACGUACAUACAAUUUGGUGUGCAAAUAUUUUUGCUAAUUUCAUCGUAAAUGUAUACACUUUAGACUAUAAAUAAUAAAGCUUAUUAUUGAAAUUAACGUAUUUUCGAAGUAGAGCAGCCGCACAAUAACUGUCAAAAAAUAACGGAAGGCGUGCCUGUAUGCGUAUAUGUUGAGUAUGCUCGUGUAUAUGUGUGUGUGAGUGAGUUGCUCUGACUAACUGUGUAUAUGUGUGUGAGUGGACUUUUACAUAAGCAGCGCAGCAUGGGAAGCGGCGGCAGCGUCUGCAGCAGCGACGGCGGCGACAGCAGCAGCUCAAACGGCCACCUGCGGCUACUUGACGGAUACCCCACAAAGAGUUCUACUUUUAUAUAACUGUAAAGAGCUCCGCAACGUGACAGCUAAAAGAUUGGACGUAAAACGUGGAAACUUGGAAACGUGCAACGUGAAACUUGCCUCGCAGCAGCAACAGCAGCAAUAUUAACAGCAACAACAACAACCUAAACAACAGCAACAGCAACAACAACUACUACAAAGCAAAAGUUAAACGACAACCCUGAACAAUGGCUAACUUAAAACCCAAUACGCUGCACGUGGACAACUUGAGUCCGCGACAGCGCAGUUUGAGCAGCGGACUGAGCAGCGCCUGCAGCUCGGGCAGCGUGUCCCCCGUGCCCAUUAUACCGAUCAUAUCGAUAAGUCGCGAUGGCGAGGAGUCCGAGACGGAAUCCGAAAUCGAGCCGGAGCCGGCGCGCAUAUUUCAUCGACGUAUGUCCACCCAUAGCAAGCGCAACAACAAUCUGUCGGCCAUCAUCAGAGAGGGCUAUCUGAUGAAGCACACUUGGUCCUUUCAACGCUGGCGCCGUCGCUACUUUCGUCUGAAGCGCAGCUAUCUAUAUUAUGCCAAGGACGCCAAGUGCGAUGUAUUCGAUGAGAUUGAUCUAUCGGAACUGUGUUAUUUCGAGUGCAGCAUCAAGAACGUAAAUCACAGCUUCCAGAUAAUAACACCUACCCGCUCUCUGGUGCUGUGCGCCGACUCCAGACGCGAAAUGGAGGACUGGCUAGGAUCUCUGAAGACAGCGACGGCGCCGCAGCGUCCGCGUGGCGAUAGUUUCCUGAUUGAUCAGCACGACAUACUCUCGAAUCAUCAUCACUGGUAUGCGACCUCCCAUGCGCGACCCACCUACUGCAAUGUGUGCCGCGAUGCGCUCUCCGGCGUCACGUCGCACGGGCUCAGCUGCGAGGUGUGCAAGUGCAAGGUGCACAAGCGAUGUGCGGCCAAGGCGAUUGCCAACUGCAAGUGGACAACGCUGGCAACGGUCGGCAAGGAUAUCAUUGAGCAACCCGAUGGCAGCCUCAUUAUGCCGCAUCAAUGGAUGGAGGGCAAUUUGCCCGUAUCGGCCGUGUGUGCCGUUUGCAAGAAGACCUGCGGCUCGGUGCUGCGGUUGCAGGACUGGCGCUGCCUCUGGUGCAGGGAUACGGUGCACGUGGCAUGUCGACCGCAAAUGCCGAUUGUCUGUCCGAUUGGCCCCGCCAAGCUGUCCGUGGUGCCGCCCACCAGCGUGCAUUCAAUUAGCACGGACGAUGCCUGGGACGUGGUCAGUCCGAAGGGCAACUUUUCACCGCUACUCGUCUUUGUCAACUCCAAGUCCGGCGAUAAUCAGGGCGUCAAGUUUCUGCGACGAUUCAAGCAGCUGCUGAAUCCGGCGCAGGUUUUCGAUCUGAUCUCAACGGGGCCCAGUCUGGGUCUGCGACUGUUUCGCCACUUUGAAAUGUUCCGCAUUCUGGUGUGCUCCGGCGAUGGCUCCGUCGGCUGGGUGCUCAGCGAAAUCGAUCGUUUCAAUAUGCACAAACAAUGCCAGGUGGCUGUCAUGCCGCUGGGCACUGGCAACGACCUGGCCCGGGUCUUGGGCUGGGGCUCCAGCUGCGAUGAUGACACCCACCUGCCCCAGAUAUUGGAGCGCUACGAGUCGGCCAGCACCAAAAUGCUGGAUCGCUGGAGCAUUAUGGUGUUCGAGAAAGCCAUCACGGUGCCCAAGAUGCCAAAGAUGUCGAUUACCACGGAACAGGAGGCUCUGCUCACGGGCAUGGUCACGUCGGCCAAUCACCAUUUGCGCUUCAUAGUCGAGACGAACGAUACGCAAACGUUGAUAAGCUCCACGCGCUCCCUGUGCGACACCGUCGACGAGCUGGUCUCACGCAUCUGUGAGCACCACAAGGACGACGAGCAGCUGGCUAUGAAAUGUGACAUUCUAAGACAGAAGCUGACAAUGCUGCUGGAUGCUCUGCAGGAGGAGGAGCUGGGUACGCACAGUGGCGACGAUUUGGUAGCCACCAUAAGGAGUUUAAUAUCGCGUAGUGGGCCCUUAACAACGGCACGCCCAUCAUUUCUCAAUCCGAAUAUAUCUAUUGAAAAAACUGAGAAGGAUAAUAUCAAUUCAAAAGAGCGUCGCAAUAGCCGCUCACUGCGCUCCAGCGAAAAGGAGGCCUUGCAGUGCCGAGCGAACAGUGUGAAGCGUGCCAUUUACAAUGUGGUGGAGCACUCGGAACCGGGCCGCCCUAAGCGCUACCAGCGGAAGCUCUCAAUUACACCCUUUGAGGCGCUCAAGAUACCAAUAACGAAUUCGGGCGACUCGACGCCCUGCGGCUCGCCGCUGCCAAUUAUACCUCCCAUCAAUAUUAUCUCGCCGACAAUGGAGACAUCGCGGCUGACCUGUAUAUCGCCGCUGCCGGACACGCGUCGCGAUUCAGUGGAUGAGAAUUUCUUCAACAGCAUCAAUUUGCCGGCACCGCGUCAAUUUGCGGACAGUCGCCGCAGCUCGGGUGUGCCGGAGGUCAUCCAGGAAAUGGAGGAGGGCGCCAGCGGGGAGACAGUCUAUCGCGUUGGCCGCUUGUCCUUGAGCGGUGGCGCCAACAUCGAUGAUGCGGGCAAUCGUCUGUCGCCAAGCAGCGAGGCUGGCGAGAAUACGCCCACCGAGCGCAAGGUGGACUUCCUGCGAGUGCCGAUCAUGACAAGCGAACCGAUAGUCGAUCCCUUGUCCAACUAUCGACCGAUCGAGGUCUUCGAGCGCACCUACUACAUGGCACGGGAAAUGGACAAGGAUAAGGAGCGCACUGCGAGCGGUCAGGUCGAGAGCGAGAAGGAGGAGGCCGACGUCAAUGAGAAAAGCGAACCGCAGGAGCCGCACCGUGCUCUGGUACACACUUGUAAUCUACAGGUACCCGGCAUUGUCGUAACCCCCCAAUCCCAAAAUGUCUAUACGAGCGAAAAUUUCACAAUAAUUGACACCGAUGCCCAGACCAACACUGAACAGUCGUCGUCGGAGGAUCUGGGCGGAGAGGCGAGCGAUGUGCUGUCCGCCAUCAGCAACGAGGAAUGCAGUGUGGCAUCCGAGAUCUUCGAUAAGCCCGAGUCGGGUCACAGCCUGGGCGACAUCAUACAGAAUCUGGAUGCGAACAACUUUACGCACAUCGAUUCGCCGGAGACUAGCGAUGAGACGGAGCCCAUGCCCGGCGAGAGCCUGAUGGAUGACAUCAGCUCGGUGCUGGGCCAUGACAUCACCAAUGCGCUGCAGGACAACACCAUCACGGAUGACACCACCACCCUCUGCUCGGAGCAUGCGGGGCCAACGAAGCCGCCGCGCAAGAAAUCGCUGAGCGCCUUGGUCCAAAGCAAAACGCAUCCGCGGCGACGCAACUCUUCGCCGCCGCGCAAAGCCGGGCUCGCACGCAUGGAUAGCGACGACAAUCCGCAGCAGUUCGGCUUCGAGAACAUUGUAUUCGAGAUCGACAAUCGUUGCGACGAUCAGAAGAUACGGGAGCCGCCGCGGUACUGCAGCCUGGCGCAGUUCGUGGAAGGUAACGAUAUAGCGCGUCAGAGUUUCAAGCGUCCCAAAAAGCGCAUUUCACUCAAGAAAUUGAAUGCAAAUACAACAACAACAACAAUCGUAUCUCAACAGCAGCUAAUGCUUGAUCGCAAUAGCGGUGACAACCACAAUGACAAUGGCAAAAACGAAGAGGCGGACACGCCCACAAACUCAGCACCAACCAGAACGUAUCGAAAUCUAACAACGACUACGACUAGCGACGAGCUGGAAACUGCAAUUAAAAUUGAAAUAAACAAUGCAACGACAAACACAACAACAUCAACAUCAUCGUCAAUAUCAACAACAACAACAACGUCAACAACGAGUACAGUAAAGCCUCUUGAAUCGGCAAUGGCCUCGUCGACAUCGCCCACUAAGAAGUCGGGCCAUGGACAAGAAGUAAAGCGCAUUACCUUUGAUGAGUCGUGUAAGAAAGAAUCGUUUGAUGAUGUAAAUCCCAACUAUCCACAGAUAAGUGUUGUUGUAAGGCCACCAACACCAUUGCGUGGUGAUUCCGUUAAGCCAACAGCAUCAUCAGCAUCGUCAGCAUCCUUAUUGGCGACCUCGUCGUCGCUGCUCGGUGUACGAACGUUGAACUCCUCGGAGAUACGACGUCACUCGAGCCAUGCGCCCAGCUUGGCUGUGCGCGACUAUGACAAGGAUAAAGAUCGACGACAUUCCGGUUUCAAUCCAAAUUUCCUAACAUUGGACCCGGAACAUGCGCGCUUCCUCAGCAGUUCACCAGCGGCUAGUCGUAGAAUUAGCUGUGGCAGUCUCUUCAAGAAGAGAAACCAAAAACUGAACGUUAAACGCACCUACGGACUGUUCAGUGUGCGUUUCUUUGUGGUCGCCGAACCAGACAUUCGCCUGGCAACCCUGGCACUAAUUAGGCCGCUAAUACCGCUGCCGAACGAAGCUCUGCCCAAUCUGCAGACACUCAAGGGCUCCAAAUCGAGUCUCUUCAUGGGCUCCACUCUCUUCGGCUUCGAACACUUUAGCGCCGGCGACAAGGACGAAAAGCCCGGCAAGGAUAAAGAGCGCACACCCACAGAAGAGACCAAUCGCAAGCUGCCCAUUAUCAAUCCCAUCGUUCGCUUGCCCAAUUGGCCCAAUCUAGCGAAUGGCACUGGCUUCAUAUCCAAGUGCCUGAUGGCCAAUGCGGACACGCUGUGCGCCGCCGUCAGUCCGUUGAUGGAUCCGGAUGAGACUCUGCUCGCCGGCUACCACGAGAAGUGUGUGAUGAACAAUUACUUUGGCAUUGGCAUCGAUGCAAAGAUCUCGCUCGACUUUCACAACAAACGCGAGGAGCAUCCGGAGAAAUGUCGCUCCCGGGCACGCAAUUAUAUGUGGUACGGCGUGCUCGGCUCCAAGCAGCUGCUGCAGAAGACCUGCAAGAAUCUGGAGCAGCGCGUGCAGCUGGAGUGCGAUGGCCAGCGCAUACCCCUGCCAGAGCUGCAGGGCAUUGUCAUACUGAAUAUACCCAGCUUCAUGGGCGGCACCAAUUUCUGGGGCAACAGCAGCAAGAAGGAGGACAUCUUUCUGCCGCCCAGCUUCGAUGAUCGUGUGCUGGAGGUGGUCGCCGUCUUUGGGUCGGUGCAGAUGGCAGCGUCGCGUCUGAUCAAUCUGCAGCAUCAUCGCAUUGCCCAGUGCCAGAGCGUGCAGAUCAAUAUACUGGGCGACGAGGAGAUACCGAUCCAGGUGGAUGGCGAGGCCUGGCUGCAGCCGCCGGGCAUGAUACGCAUUCUGCACAAGAAUCGCGUCCAGAUGCUGUGCCGUAACCGCAGCCUGGAGGUCUCGCUCAAGACCUGGCAGGAGAAGCAGCGUCAGCACAGCAUAUCCAUACAGCGGGACACCUCCUCGACCGCCUCCGAGCAUGCCGUGUCCACGGACGAGGUCAUAUCGGAGCGCGAGUGCUAUGUGCUGCUGAACUUCAUCGAGGCAGUUAGCUCGCUGGUCAAGUGGGUGAAGUUCUUGAUCAUCUCACAUCCGGCACUGCAGCAUGAUCUGUAUGAGGUGGCCUGCCGUGCCAGCGAGGCCCUGGAGUCCAUACACCCGCAGGGCAAGCUGUUGGAGGGCCCUUCAUUGCGCACCAAGUUGGUGGAGGUCAUUGACUCCUCGCGCCAGCUCUACGAUGAUGCCUGCACGCUGUUGCGUGAUCGUGGCCAUAGUCUGAUCCUGCGCGAGGAUCUGGAGACGAAGCUGAGUGCUGCGCUGGCCAACAUGGAAAUGGAGCUGAAAAAGUGCUCCGUGCAGAAGUGCAUCGAUGGCAAGCUGCGCGCCUACUUCAACGUGCUGGCGCCCAACGAGGAGCCCGAUGGACGGCGCAAAUCGCGUCCAUUCUGGGUGCGUUUGCGCUCCGGCUCGACCGCCGGCCAGCAGCAGUUCAAGCCCCCGAUCACAAACACCCGCGAGGCAGCCAACAACUGGAGCGUCAACGAGGUGGUCACCUGGCUGGAGACGAUGCAGCUGUCGGAGUACGUGGACAGCUUCCUCAAGAACGAUAUACGCGGCAAGGAGCUGCUUACGCUGGGCAGGCGGGAUCUCAAGGAUCUGGGCGUGGUCAAGGUGGGCCACGUCAAGCGCAUCCUGCAGGCUAUCAAGGAUCUGAGCGAGAACUAAGCGUGAUACAAAAGCGCCGAUAAAUGUGAAAUUUGUUGUGUUUGAAUGGAGUUGAAUGAAGGGAUAUCGUUGAAAGAAGGCGUGGCUGUUUAGUGUGUUAGGCAAGCGAUAUAGUUUUAUAUGAGACAAAUGCAUACAACAAUCACUACUUAUAGACUAGCUUAGCUAAAAAUGAAUAAAACUCUCGAGUACGUUUAUUUUUCCCGUAUUCUGGGGGCUGCGAGAGGCGUAAGCAACCUUUCUCUGUAUUUAAUUAAAUAUCACAAGCAGAAAGAGAACCUUAAAUAUUAAUACUCAACUUAUAUAUAAAUAAAUAUAUCGAAGCAGCUAAUUUAUUUUUCCAGCAAAACAUAUAUAUAAAACCAAUAAAUAAAUAUAAAUGUAAUUGAUGAUAUUACUAUGGUUUGAUAAGACUUAUCAUUUUCUGUUCUAGUUAAUUAAGCGAACUGAAUUUCAUUUUUGAAUAUGUACCUAAAUAUAUAUACAUAUAAAUUACAUAUUUAUAUAUACGUAUGUCAAAAUUCAAAAUUAUUUAAUUAUGGCAGAUUAACGAAUUUAAACGUAGUGGCACAUGCUAAAACUAAAAAACCAAAAUUAACAAAUUGCAUUUAGUUGUAAGUACAGUUUGAAAUUCGAUUUACGCUUAGCAAGAGUUGUAAACCUCCAUUAAACACAAAGCAAGAAGAAAUCCCCUUAAACAAAGAUUAUUCUAAAUUUAUAAGCAAUUUUCGAUUUUACAAUUGUUAGAGAACAAAACUAUCUAUUUAUGAAAUGACAAAAUCAACCUUGACAUAUUCUUAAUUCUAAUUAAAUACAACUAAAUU